CCCAAAAAAGAGAUCCAAAUACGAGCGAAUUAUUGCACGCGCCACCGUCGUUGAAGUUGACAGACGAUGGAGCAGCCGAGCAAGGACGGAGUAGGAAAGAAAGAGAUAGCGGAGGCAGAGGAGAGGAAGGGUUCGGGUCAGGGAACGGAUCCGAGUUCGAAUCCGGAUGCAAAAUCAAGCGAAUCGAAUGAAGAAGACAGAAAUGAAAAACAAAAUUUGGAAAAUAAUGCUAGUAGUAAGAGUAAUGGUAUAGUAAAUGAGAAUAUUAAUAGCAAUAAAUUCGAUAAUAAUGACAGCGAGAAUAAUGAGAGUGGUGGCGGAAGUGGAAGCGAUAAAUCGCCGAGUCCGUUAAAUAGCAAGUUGAAGAAAUCGGUGCGGUGGAGCGAGGAUUUGGUGUCGGAAUCGCCGAGGCCGAGGUCCAGUACGCCGUCGUAUUCUGAAGAACGUAGCGGAUCCAAUCCCUACGUCGCUUAUUCCGCCGCUCCUUCCGAUAGUAAUUUGUCCUCCAUAGAUAUCAAAAGUAAAAUGGAGAGUGCAAAAGAUGUGUUGGGGAGAUGGGCGAGGAAUGUCAAGGAAGCAACAAAGAAGGCGGAAGACCUGGCGGGAAACACUUGGCAACAUUUGAAAACUGGCCCCAGUCUUGCUGAUGCUGCCCUGGGAAGAAUUGCACAGGGAACUAAGGUUCUGGCUGAAGGUGGCUAUGAGAAGAUAUUUCGUCAAACUUUUGAGACAGUUCCUGAAGAGCAACUUCAGAAUUCAUUUGCUUGUUAUUUGUCCACAUCAGCGGGGCCAGUGAUGGGUAUUUUAUAUGUGUCUACUGCAAAGCUUGCAUUUUGUAGUGACAAUCCUCUAUCUUAUAAGUCUGAUGAUAAGACUGAGUGGAGCUAUUACAAGGUGGUGAUACCAUUACAUCAACUUAAAGCAGUUAACCCUUCAUCAAGCAGAAAUAAUCCUUCAGAGAAGUAUAUCCAGAUUAUAUCUGUUGACAACCACGAAUUCUGGUUCAUGGGCUUUCUAAACUAUGAUAGAGCUGUGAAGUGUUUGCAGGAGGUAUUACAAACGCACCAGUUACAAGUUGUAUGAUACAAGCUGUAUGAAUUCUGCUAAUUCUGUCAAUUUUGAACUACCUUAAAGGAUGUAGUCCAUAUAUUCGGUUUCAUUCUCAACUUGAAGUGGCUUUAAGAGACAAAAAGCUUAGUGUCUUUCAGAGGAUGGACUCGUCUGGUAAAUUAGAAGUGAAAAGCAGUAGCUACAGAACUUUUUUCAUGGAAUAUUUUGUGAGGAAUGAAACAUCUGGGGUACAUGAACCAUAUAUUGUUUGCUUCUGGUCUGCAUGACUCCAGCUGCAUGGAACUACUCGUUUGGCAAUCACUUUAAUAGUAUCAGGAAGAAACAGAUAUCAACCUCACAAUCAUUUAAAGGACUUGUAAGUUUUCAGAACUUCGAUUUUGCAAUUCUUGAUGCGGUUUUGAAGCUCGACUGUUUUUUCUUUUCUAAGUUGUUAGAUGUCACAUGUACCAAAGCGACGUUGUCAUCACACAAGAGGUUGGUGCAUAUAUGUGACUGAGAAGUAAUGCAGAGCAUUGCAUCCCAUCAAUGUUCAGCUGUUGCCAUCUCUAAACCCAAACUCGGUGGUGCCUCUUUCGAAGGUAAACGAUAAUCAAGGAUUCGCGGGGUACUUCCAUUGCAGUGCAAUUGUAGCUUUAGAUUGUAUUUCAGAUGAAAUUGUUCCUACUGUGUGAGGCAUAUAGGAUUAUCAAUUCUGACAUCUCGCAGACGGCCCACCAGCGUGUUAUCCGUCCUCUGUUCUUUAUCACGAGUUUUCACUUGAAGAGAUAGCCCACCUAAAUUCUGUGCCUCCAGAAAUCUGGGAUAGGUCCCGUUGGGAUUGCUCGGCAAAAAAAAAAAA